AUGGCGGCCGCUCCUGUCUCCGGGCUCGAGCCCCGGGCCGCCGCCGCCGCCGCCUGCCGCCCCGCGGGCCUCGAAGCCUCGGCCCCGGCCUCAGCCCCGGCCUCCCGCCGCCGCCGCCACCGCCGCUCCAGCUUCGCCGCCGGCCGCCACCGCCGCGCGACGUCCGGCGCCUCGUCCAACGCGCUCCGCCGGCCGCGCAGCCCGGAAACCGAGUUCCGGCCCUCCAACGGCCCGCGCAUGCGCAAACGGGGCGGCCGCGGGCCCGGGGCGGGGCGGGGCGGGGUGGUUGGGGGCGCGCGCGAGGGGCGGCGGGGGCGCGCGCGGGCUCCUGAGCUCGGGGAAGGACGGCUUUGCUCGUGGCGCGCGCUCCUUUCUGCAAACGCAGGCGGGGCAGGAAGGUCCGAGAAGAAGCAAGAGCGAGCGUGCGCCGUCGCCCCGAAAUCGUCGUGCUGGGCCACAGUGCGGGGCCUCGAAGCCCUAGGUCCGGCGGGUCGCCUGCGCGGGGACGGAGCGUGUCAGCCCGCCUCUUCCCCGCUGCCAGGCUCUGACCCCAGCCUCGAAGACGUGACCCUCCCUGUUGAUUAUCCCAUCCUGCCAGUGAGGUCUCCCCGUGUGCUCCCCCUUCCUCCACAGGACGCCAGCGGCCAGGAGGAGGCCCUCCCCGUAAGCAGCCCACUCACCGCAAGCCGUCAGGCGCCCCAAGAGGACCAGCUCUGGAGGGCAGGCCUCGGGGGAGACCGGGCCUCCUCUCUCCCCUUGGGAAGCAGCUGCCUGAAAUACCUUAUCUUCCUGUUCAACUUCCUCUUCUCUCUGCUUGGUGCACUGGCCCUGGCCUUCGGGCUCUGGGGCUUGGCGGUCAAGGGGUCUCUGCGGGGGAGCGGGGGAGCGGCCCUGCCCGAAGACGCCUUGCUGGGACUGGCGCUGGGGGGGCUGGCGGUCAGUGCCGUGAGCCUGGCGGGCUGCCUGGGCGCCUUCUGCGAGAACGCUUGCCUGCUGCGCUGCUUCUCCGGGGGUCUCAUUGCCUUCCUGGCGCUGGAGGCGGUGGUGGGGUCCCUGCUGGUGGCCCUCUGGGGCCCGCUGCAGGACGGCCUGGAGCCCACGCUGCGUGCAGCCAUCACCCACUAUCAGGACGACGCGGACCUGCGCUUCCUCAUUGACCAGGUCCAGCUGGGGCUGCAGUGCUGCGGGGUGUCUUCCUACCGGGACUGGACGCGGAACCCGUCCUUUAACUGCAGCUCCGCAGGGGCCCAGGCCUGCGGCCUCCCUGCCUCCUGCUGCAUCAGUCCCAGGGGAGACGGAGUAGUCGGCCACGACCCGUGCGGCUUUGGAGCUCUGGGCCCAGAUGAGGCCGUUCAGAGGCGGGUGCACCUGGAGGGCUGCGGUCUUGCGCUCCGUGGGUGGCUGCGCGCCAACGUCCGGGCUGCCGGGGCCUGGGCCAUCGCCACUGUGGUCGUCCAGGGCCUGGAGCUUCUGCUGGCGGCCCGGCUGGUGAGGGCCCUGGCUGUCCGCCAGGGGGUGGCAGGGAGCCCCAGAACCGUGGGGACAGAAAGGUCCCCCGCCAAACUGGCCCAGGGCUGACAGCCCCGUGGGACCCCCAGGGAAGGUGUCCGAGCAAGCGUUCUGCAUCUCAGACACUCUGGCCUCUCCCCCUGCUGGGUCUCCCGCCCCCCAGGGGUCCCUUUCCCGGAGGGUAGGGCAUGUCCACCUCCUUCCCAGUUCUGUUUGGGCCUGCGAGAACGAGUCCCUGCACCGCCACCUGACCUCACUCUCUCUCGGAGACUUUUACCCUUGGCCACGGAGCACUUGCCAACCCCGCGUGGCCUGCGUGAGCCGCACCUGCCAGCGCCUACCUCCUACAGAGGAUGCGAAGGCUGCCCAGGGCAUACGGGGCUCUCGGGGCCGGAUGCAAGCCUGCUGUCGAGCCCCCAACUCCAACUCACACCCCUGACCGUCGCCUGCAACCUCCGGCUCCGCACACCUGGGCUCCCUACCUCCGACCCCAUCCUGACCCAGCCUCUGAGUGCCCCCCCCAACCCCACUCCCUUCCUGCUGCCCAGCCCUCUCCGU